CCACCAUAAGCAAGCAGCUAGCUGCUGCCAAAGAAAAGAGCCCUCUCUCUCUCUCUCUGUGUAACCUGCAGCUUGCUUUGGUGUCGCGCGCCAUCGCUAUGGCCGCCACCAAGAACGGCUCCCCGCUCCUCGGCAAGUACGAGCUCGGCCGCCUCCUCGGCCGCGGCACCUUCGCCAAGGUGUACCACGCCCGCUCCCUCGCCGGCGGCGAGCACGUGGCCGUCAAGGUGCUCGACAAGCCGGGGCUCGCCGCCGCCGGCGCCGGCAUGGCCACGCGCGUGCUCCGCGAGGUCGCCGCCAUGCGCCGCCUCCGCCACCCGAACGUGCUGAGGCUCCACGAGGUGCUCGCCACGCGCUCCAAGGUGUACCUCGUCAUGGAGCUCGCCCCGGGUGGGGACCUCCUCUCCAGGCUCGCCUCCCUCCCGUCGCGCCGCCUCCCCGAGCACGCCGCGCGCCGGGUGUUCCUCCAGCUCGCCUCCGCGCUCAUCUACUGCCACGCGCGCGGCGUGUCCCACCGCGACGUCAAGCCGCAGAACGUGCUGCUCGACGCCGACGGGAACCUCAAGGUCUCCGACUUCGGCCUCGCCGCGCUCCCGGACUCGCUCCGCGACGACGGCCGCCUGCACACGGCCUGCGGCACGCCGGCCUUCGCCGCGCCCGAGGUGCUCCGGCGCAAGGCCUACGACGGCGCCAAGGCCGACGCCUGGUCCUGCGGCGUCAUCCUCUUCGUCCUCCUCGCCGGCCACCUGCCGUUCGACGACUCGAACAUCGUCGACAUGUGCCGGAAGGCGCACCGCCGCGAGUACGCGCUGCCGCGGUGGGUCUCGCAGCCGGCGCGCCGCCUCGUGGCCCGCCUGCUCGACCCCAACCCGGCCACCCGCCUCGCCGUGGCCGAGCUCGCGAGCCACCCGUGGUUCAAGCGGUCGCUCAGCCUCGACUCGCAGCUCGGCAGCCUCCUCGCCGGCCAGCCGGAGCGGGAGCUCGCGUUCCACGCCCCGCCGGCGCUGAACGCGUUCGACAUCAUAUCCAUGUCCCCCGGGCUCGACCUGUCCGGUCUGUUCGGUGACAGCAAGCGCCGCCGGGAGAAGCGGUUCAUGACGACGGCGUCGCCGGAGCAGACGGUGGAGCGGCUGGGCCAGGCCGGCCCCAAGCUCGGCUACUUCAUGGUGGGCAAGAAGGGGGUCGAUCGCCUGCCCCUAGGCGGCCUCUCGGGGCUCGUGGCCAUGUCCAUGGAGAUGUCGGAGGUGUCGCCGUCGAUGAUGCUCAUCGAGCUGAAGCUCGAAGGCGGCGACGGCGACGAGGAGUUCGGGUGGGAGGAGCUCAGGACGGAGCUCGGCGACGACAUGGUCAUGGCAUGGCAUGGCUGCGACGAGUUGCCGGCUGGUGCGCGGCCCCGCGGGGGAGGCGCGAUGGGGUGCAAGUGCCUGUUCGGGCUCGGCGUGCCGGAGCUGGUCGUCAUCGCGGGCGUCGCCGCGCUGGUGUUCGGGCCCAAGCAGCUGCCCGAGAUCGGCCGGAGCAUCGGGAAGACCGUCAAGAGCUUCCAGCAGGCAGCUAAGGAGUUUGAAACAGAACUGAAGAAAGAGCCUGAGGAUGGUGGCGACCAGCCCCCGCCUCCAACCCAGACAGCAGUUAGUGACGACGGCGAGGAGAAGGAGGAGCUCGAGGCGUCCAGUAGCAAGGAGAGUACAUGAGGACCAAUCGACAGUGUGCGAGUUAGAAUUGUGUAUGUACAAUUGUAUGGAUGAUGUGUUCGUUCAGGUAGCGGCACAUUUCUCCCUGUUUUUUUGGUGACGUUCUUGCAGGCCAUGUAGCGAUGUUGUUUGUACCAGGUAAAAAAUGGAUCAGUCUGAAAAUACGAUGAUUAUUUAUGAGG